AUGCCAGUAAACCAUAUAAAACAGGAGCUAGUACAGAACGCCAGUAAACCAUGUAAAAUAGAAUCUAACACAGAACAAAGAGAGCUCGUCUGUGAUAACCUUAACAGUUGUUCUAGUAUAGAAAAAGAGCUCGGCUGUGAUAACCUUAAUUGUUGUUCUAGUAUAGAAAGAGAGCUCGGCUGUGAUAACCUUAACUGUUGUUCUAGUAUAGAAAGAGAGCUCGGCUGUGAUAACCUUAACUGUUGUUCUAGUAUAGAAAGAGAGCUCGGCUGUGAUAACCUUAACUGUUGUUCUAGUAUAGAAAGAGAGCUCGGCUGUGAUAACCUUAACUGUUGUUCUAGUAUAGAAAGAGAGCUCGGCUGUGAUAACCUUAACUGUUGUUCUAGUAUAGAAAGAGAGCUCGGCUGUGAUAACCUUAACUGUUGUUCUAGUAUAGAAAGAGAGCUCGGCUGUGAUAACCUUAACUGUUGUUCUAGUAUAGAAAGAGAGCUCGGCUGUGAUAACCUUAACUGUUGUUCUAGUAUAGAAAGAGAGCUCGGCUGUGAUAACCUUAACUGUUGUUCUAGUAUAGAAAGAGAGCUCGGCUGUGAUAACCUUAACUGUUGUUCUAGUAUAGAAAGAGAGCUCGGCUGUGAUAACCUUAACUGUUGUUCUAGUAUAGAAAGAGAGCUCGGCUGUGAUAACCUUAACUGUUGUUCUAGUAUAGAAAGAGAGCUCGGCUGUGAUAACCUUAACUGUUGUUCUAGUAUAGAAAGAGAGCUCGGCUGUGAUAACCUUAACUGUUGUUCUAGUAUAGAAAGAGAGCUCGGCUGUGAUAACCUUAACUGUUGUUCUAGUAUAGAAAGAGAGCUCGGCUGUGAUAACCUUAACUGUUGUUCUAGUAUAGAAAGAGAGCUCGGCUGUGAUAACCUUAACUGUUGUUCUAGUAUAGAAAGAGAGCUCGGCUGUGAUAACCUUAACUGUUGUUCUAGUAUAGAAAGAGAGCUCGGCUGUGAUAACCUUAACUGUUGUUCUAGUAUAGAAAGAGAGCUCGGCUGUGAUAACCUUAACUGUUGUUCUAGUAUAGAAAGAGAGCUCGGCUGUGAUAACCUUAACUGUUGUUCUCGUAUAGAAAGAGAGCUCGGCUGUGAUAACCUUAACUGUUGUUCUAGUAUAGAAAGAGAGCUCGGCUGUGAUAACCUUAACUGUUGUUCUAGUAUAGAAAGAGAGCUCGGCUGUGAUAACCUUAACUGUUGUUCUAGUAUAGAAAGAGAGCUCGGCUGUGAUAACCUUAACUGUUGUUCUAGUAUAGAAAGAGAGCUCGGCUGUGAUAACCUUAACUGUUGUUCUAGUAUAGAAAGAGAGCUCGGCUGUGAUAACCUUAACUGUUGUUCUAGUAUAGAAAGAGAGCUCGGCUGUGAUAACCUUAACUGUUGUUCUAGUAUAGAAAGAGAGCUCGGCUGUGAUAACCUUAACUGUUGUUCUAGUAUAGAAAGAGAGCUCGGCUGUGAUAACCUUAACUGUUGUUCUAGUAUAGAAAGAGAGCUCGGCUGUGAUAACCUUAACUGUUGUUCUAGUAUAGAAAGAGAGCUCGGCUGUGAUAACCUUAACUGUUGUUCUAGUAUAGAAAGAGAGCUCGGCUGUGAUAACCUUAACUGUUGUUCUCGUAUAGAAAGAGAGCUCGGCUGUGAUAACCUUAACUGUUGUUCUAGUAUAGAAAGAGAGCUCGGCUGUGAUAACCUUAACUGUUGUUCUAGUAAAGAAAGAGAGAUCGGCUGUGAUAACCUUAACUGUUGUUCUAGUAUAGAAAAAAAGAGAUCGGCUGUGAUAACCUUAACCGUUGUUCUAAGACGACACAGUUCACGGGAGGAUAAACAACGACACAGUUCACGGCAGGAUAAACAACGACACAGUUCACGGCAGGAUAAACAACGACACAUUUCACGGGAGGAUAAACGACACAACAACGGGAAGACAGACGACACAGUUCACGGUAGGAUAAACGACACAGUUCACGAGAGGAUAAACGACUCACGGGAAGAUAAACGACACAGUUCACGGGAGGAUAAACGACACAAUUCACGGGAAGAUAAACGACACAAUACACGGGAGGAUAAACAAAACAGUUCACGGGAGGAUAAAUGA